CUUUACAGAAAACUUGUUCCACAGAGUGUUCCCUUUCCGUUGCUGAUAGCACUCGCCGAUAUCAUGAUUGUCUUUGCGAUAAUAACUUUGCUGGCUGUCACGCUGUGGAAGUCCUCUACCGGCUACAUUACCUACAUUGAAGUGCGCUUGCCUCUGCCGGGAGAGCGAUCACCACCAGGAUCGCCAUGGCCUUUGCCCAAAUCAUGGGAAAGAUCCCCGAAUCUGCUGACCAUCGAUCCAGAAUUAUUCUAUAUGUCAUCCAAUGCUAACGGCUGUGAUGUCAUCUUGGAAGGCUUGCAGCGCUACAAAAAGAUGAUCGUAAACGACUUGAAAGGGAAACCACAUCCCGACCUAACUCAGCUGGAAGGUCUUCAGGUUCGAGUCCUGGACAAAAGAUUGGAAAAUUUCAAUGAUGGUGCACCAAUAGGAGGUUGUGGAUAUCCGCAACACGGAGAAGACGAAUCUUAUGAACUGGAGGUGCCAACUUCAGGAACUGCCACUCUUAUAGCCCAAUCCAUUUGGGGUGCUCUCAAAGGCUUGGAAACAUUCAGUCAACUUGUGCAUCAAGAUUCUCAAGGAUCACUUCUGAUCAAUUCCACAAAAAUAGUCGAUGCUCCCAGAUAUAAGUACCGUGGAAUGCUAUUGGACACAGCAAGACAUUAUCAACCCAUCAAGACAAUAAAACAGAAUUUGGAUGCAAUGGCUUAUAACAAAUUCAACGCUUUCCACUGGCACAUUAUCGAUGACCAAUCUUUUCCCUUCGAAAGUAAAAUCUUCCCGAAUUUGACUCAACUGGGUGCCUACAGUCCCAAACACAUCUACACGCAAAAGAACAUCCGGGAUAUCAUUCAGUAUGCCAGACUUAGGGGAAUUCGAGUUAUUCCAGAAUUCGAUACUCCCGGACACACUCAAGCAUUCGGAAAAGCUUUCCCAUGGCUUCUGACACCUUGCUAUGGAAAGGGUCCUGAACAUCCUUACACACCAAACCAUCCAGAACAUGCAGCUGCAGAGAUGCUCAAUCCGAUGUUGGACGACACAUACACUGUCUUCAAGACAUUAGUCGAAGAAGUCAAAACCGUCUUCUACGAUGAAUACAUUCACUUAGGAAUGGACGAAGUUUAUUAUGCUUGCUGGAAAUCAAGUCCAGAAAUUAAAGAAUUUAUGCAGAGAAAUAACUACACUGAAUACAAUCAAGUGGAACAGCACUAUGUGAAAAAAACUUUGAAAAAUGUUAAAGAUGCGGGUUAUAAAUACAUGAUAUGGCAAGAUCCAAUUGACAAUGAUGUUGAAGCUGAACCAGAUACCCUCGUAGGAGUGUGGAAAGAUACUUCCUUGGACAUGAAGAUGCGCAAAUGGGAGGACUACAUUGUGCCAAUCGCCAAGAAAGGCUAUCAGAUCAUUUUGUCCGCUUGUUGGUAUCUGAAUUACAUCUCCUACGGUAUGGAUUGGAAGAAAUAUUACGAAUGUGAUCCAAGAAACUUUCCAGGAACUGAAGCCGAAAAAGACCUUGUUGUGGGCGGUGAGGUAUGCAUGUGGGGCGAGUAUGUCGAUGGUACCAACUUGCUAGCCAGAUUAUGGCCUAGAGCGUCAGCUGUAGCUGAGAGAUUGUGGAGUCCGGCUGAACUUACCAACGACACUGACAGUGCAUCCUUCCGAUUAGAUGAACACCGGUGUAGGAUGCUUAGGAGAGGAAUACCAGCACAACCCAUUCUUAAUGGAUUCUGUGGAGAUUACGAAUGGGACAUGGAAUGAGUCUUUAGAUCUUGCUAGCAGAAUUUCUAAUAAAAUAUCAUUCGAUAACAUUAAUUGUAUACAUCAAUACAUCAAAUGGAGCUGUUGCUGAAACUGACGAGGAGAUUAAUAGUUUCACCUGUAACAAGCCAAUCAAUAAAUUGUUUUUAUUUUUAUGUA